UGAAAACACAAGCAACAUCACAUUACAAAUUCGGCGGCUGUACAGAGCAGCCGUUCGAUCAGUGUCUUAUAAAUAGAUACAUUUGUGAAGUGAAAAAAACAUUAGUAUAGUGACUUAGUUUCUUAAACGUGACUGUCGUUCUUAAUUAAACGUUUCAAAAUGAAAUUCACGGUCGUAUUCACCACACUUCUGUGUCUGUCAACAUCGUUUGCUAUAAAGACAAAAGUAGAAGAACCCAAGGAUAAAAGAGAAACUUUAACUGGCUACCCUGGGGCUGGUCAUUCUUCGCACAGCUAUCAAGCUCCCUCGUUCGGUCAAGGAAGCGAGGAAGCGAGCGCUAUCAGCGUCGGCGCCGGCUACAGCAUUGGUGGAGCCAAACCUAGUUACAGCUUCGGCGCACCAGGAUCUGGAUACCAACUGUCGGCGGAAAGCCACCAGUCAAGUGGUCACAGUCCUAUCCAACUUGCUCCUAUUACCCUCCAAUCAAGCCAUGGAUCUUUAGUCGGCAAUGAUCUCUCUCAACUGAUGAGUCAAAUUUCUCACGGUCUUAAUUCAGGAGCGAUUACAUUACAAGGACAAGGAGGAGGUUAUCAGUUAGGUAAUUUAGGUGCGCAUGGAGGCCAGGAACUCUCGUUACCUCAGUACUCUUUCGGAUCUCCAAAGUUACAACAACAAUUUGCUGCGUUUGAACAAUCCCAAGCUGUGCCGUCAUAUGCUGCUGGCACUAAGGGCCUCAGUUCUUAUAGCUCAACCGGUCCCGUAUUGUUUACUCCGGCCGAGUCUCACGGUAACCAAGCUGCUUUAACUUACGGUGCUCCCAGUUCAGGUCAUUCUUUUGGUGAUUCUGGAUCCCUAUCUUUAGGCAAUGCUGGCCAUUCACUGUCAGGAUACUCAUUGGGUAAUCAAGGACAGGCGUUAAGUGGACAAUACGCUAGCUUAGGUGGCGGAUACGGUGCUUCAGGUAACUCAUUUAAGCCUUCUGCAUUCUUAGGUUCUUCUGUACAGAGUGACUCUGGACAUUCUCUAUCAAGCCUUUCUGGAUCAUACGGCGCACCUUCAUUCGGUGGCUCACACGGAGCAUCUAGCUCACACGGUGCUUUCUUGCUUGGUUCGGGAGGUCAUGGCGCUAGCUUUGGUGGAUCUUUGGGCAAUCUUGGUGGCAGCUCAUCGAAAUUCAUCGCACCUACGUAUUUGCCGUCCAAGUCUGAAGGGUUUGGUUCAUUAGAAUCGAUUGCCGCCUUCUCUUCAGGUGGACAUUUGGAAUCUCCUCGCGCUUCGACAUACAAUAUCCCAUCUGGUUCUUUCUCGCAUCAGGCGACAUCAUCUAACAGUCCGCAAUAUUACGUGUCAUCAUCAAAACAUUCCUUGCCCAGCGGCAGUUUCAGUAGCGGUCCUUCAUACCGAGGAGUCACUUCUGGACACAGUUCACUGAACUCCUAUUCCUCUGGACCUAAAUACAACUUCGGAGGCUCAAGCUCUCGUUACGGAUCGCCCAAAGAUAGCCAUGGUGCUUACAGUGAAACCUCGUACAACACAAUUAAGUAUAGCGAAGAACUUAAGCCCCGUAUUCACUAAUUUAUGAAAUGUAAUCUAAAGUAGUUAUGUAAAAGCUAAUCACAUGGUAUUCUGUAAAUAUAGGCUAAAUAGAUGUGCGAGAGAGUAGGCGGGCCACGGUCUAGACGGAAAGAUUGAAAUAGCGAAAGCGACGCUAUUUUCUUUAGACUUAUAAAUAUGUAUCCGUACAGAUAAAUACUUGGAGUUGUUAAUCUUUAAAAAAUAUCAAUUUUUUUUUGGUUUGAGAGUGUUAUUAGAAGAAUAAGUGGCCCGGCCCGUUAAUUGUAAAUUAGGCUUUAAAAUAGCAUUGCACUGAUUACCAAUGUAUUUGUACCGUUAAAAUCGAUGUUGACUUUGAAUACGCAGUGAAUUUCUGUACAUAUAC